CCUUUUCAGCAUAUUUGAUUUGUCGUCGAUGAAUUAUGUGAGAUGGAAUGGCUUUUGCGAUUGCCUUUCAUGGACACUUUUGGGGCCGUCGCUUACUCAUAGACAAGCCACACUCUGACCGUGACCUACAUCGCAAAAUGGAUGCUCCAAUAGAGGAACGCUGGAAAACAAUUUGUCAUAACCGAAUGCAUUUCGCGCCCUUCGCAAAGACAUAUACGGUGCCGAGAAAGGAACAUCUCUAACGUAGAGAACUACCACUCUAACAUCAUCUUUAUUGUGGCAAUUCUUCUUACUUGAUGACUUUUCACAUCAGUAUAUGUGCUUUUGUCGUCUACGCCGCUCUCACAACUCUAUCAGCCCAGACAGAAUUAGCAGAAAGCAUGGCUACACUGGGACUCCGUAGCAAUUGGCACUCCGGCGAGGAGGAAGUCCACCGUUUACUCCGCGUGCCACACGGUGACAACCCGACUUAUCCGGGGUUGGCACCACAAUAUCACAGACGUAUCAUGAAUUCGCCUCUGGUUGCAUUUGGCACUCUAGAUCAACAGGGUCGUCCUUGGACGACACUUUGGGGUGGCGAAGUUGGUUUCUGUCGACCUAUUGCCAACAACUUUUUGGGAGUAAACACAAAAGCGGACGCGCUGUUCGACCCUGUAAUGCAAGAACUUUUUGCUGUUCAGGAAGAAGGGGCCUCCGAAAGGCAGAUCGUGGAUGAGCGGUUAGUGAAGCCGGACGGUGGCAGGGUGAUGGCUGCAUUGUCCAUCGACCUAGAGACGCGCGACCGUGUAAAAGCGGCUGGUCGAUUCGUUGCCGGAGCUGUUAUUAGUAGGACGGAUGAUGGAGUCGGAGAGCUUCAGCUGGCAUUUGAGGUCCAGGAGACCUUGGGCAACUGUCCGAAAUACCUGAACAAGAAGCACAUCACACCACACUCCCCGCAUCCGGAGCUUCUCAGCAAUGGCAAUGGGCUCCAACUGCCGAAAGAAGCCGUCGAGCUGCUACAGAAAGCAGAUCUGUUCUUCAUCUCUUCCAAGCAUGGGAACGGGAGCAUGGAUGUGAACCACCGAGGCGGUCCGCCCGGCCUCUUGCGACUUGACCGAAACGAGGCGGGUAGCGUUACACUCGUCUUUCCAGAGUACUCGGGAAACAGGCUCUACCAGACUCUAGGCAAUUUACAAGCAGACCCUGUUUGCGGACUCGUGGUUCCAGACUUCGAGACCGGAAAUGUUCUCUACGUCACCGGCCGCACCACGACGCUGAUCGGAGACAAAGCGUCGGCGUAUCUACCGCACACGAAUCUGGCUGUCAAAGUAGACGUUGAUGAGGUACGGUUCGUCAAGGACGGCCUACCUUUUCGCGGUACUGUAAUCGACUAUUCGCCGUACAACCCGCCUGUCCGGCGACUCCUCAGCGAACAGCAGCAGGAUGGCUCAACACCGGACGCCGGGCCUGGUACCAUCGCAACUGCCACCUUGGUCCAGCGAGAUAUCAUAACCCCUACCAUCGCCCGAUUUGUUUUUGAUCUCACGCUCGGUCCGUUGGCUUCGAAAGACAAGGCACCCACCAAAGAGUCCCUAUGGCAGCCCGGUCAGCACGUCACGCUCGAUUUCGGGCCCGAGCUGGACCAUGGAUGGAGCCACAUGCGCGAAGAUGACCCCCAGAGUCUGAAUGACGACUUCGUGCGGACCUUCACCAUCAGUGCCCCCCCGUCGACGAGCCCAGAUCCGAAGAGAGUAGAGCUGGAAAUCACAGCGAGGCGACACGGACCCGUGACGGGCUUGUUGUGGAAAUGGAAUCUCAGGGCUCCCCUAGAGGUACCCGUGGUGGGCUUUGGUGGCAGUGAUGGAUUCCGUUUGCCUUACGGGAAGGAGAGCGGGACGGAUGUUGUUUUUGUGGCGGGAGGCGUGGGUAUCACGCCCUUGAUGGCACAGGCGAAGAAACUUCUAGAGAGCGACAAGAAAAGUUUGAAGCUGCUGUGGACUUUGAGGGCGGGAGAUCUCCCACUGGCUGUGAAGGUCUUCGAGCAACUCGAGGGACUGGAUAAAGUUACGAACCUCUUCGUAACAGGACGGGGUAUGGAGCAGAACUCUGAGACAUUAAAAAGGCUGCGAAUGUCGGGUGUAGUCAUCGAAGAGCGUAGGGUGAGGUCUGAAGAUAUCUUGGAGCUGGGGGAAAAGGGUCGGAGGAGAUAUUAUUGCUGCACUGGAACUACAUUGAUGACGGAACUGUCCAAGUGGUUGAAAGAUGAGGAUAUGGUGUACGAGAGUUUCAACUACUAAUGAUGCAUCGAAGCGAUCACCAAGCACUCUCACGAGCUGAGGUAUUUCCCCCCUGCUUCGCUGGGGUCUCAUGCCGUCGAAGUUGGAGGAUGAUAACAUGGUAUAAUCGUCAUGUACUACAAGCCCCUAUUCUAUGGCUUCAAGAAAAUACAAACAUGGGCGAUCCGUACCUCGCCGGUUCCUAUUGUUCAAGC